UAAACGAAACUGACUGUAGUCCACAUUGUGUACUUUGCUUUGUUUAUGAUCUUGCGUUGGUGUUUUACAGAGAUGUGGAAGGUGUAGCGGUUAGUUGCGAAAUAUGUUGAAAAAACGUAAAAUAUAGCCUGAUAAUUGCUGAAAUUGAGAAGGAGUUCAUUGUAAUAUUAUUCAGUUUGUACACAAGAAUGAACAUCUUGGGAGUUUCCAUUGUUUUAUACUUGUCAGUAGGGUAUAUCGUUUGCUCUGAUGAAUUAGAUGCCAGCAUUGCAACUGAACUUAUGUACACUAUGGCUCGUCAAUCGUCCUAUAUAUGACAGGCAUCCGUCGUAUGAUCCAUUUCGCACUUUAUGUUGUAUGACGCGUUAUUAUUUUGUUCUCACGAUCUAAAACCAUGUCCUGGAGUUUACUGUGGUCGUGAAGAGUUGCCAGAUGGGACUUGGAGCAACUGCAGUGCAUGCCCACGGGGCUACAGAAGAAACAAUUCAUCCCCUUUGUCUGCAUGUUCUCAAUGCAAUGAGAGCCCAGUUUUCUAUGACUGGUUGUAUCUUGGCUUUAUGGCUCUAAUUGCACUAGUUCUGCACUGGUUUUGUAUAGAUACAGUGUCAAUGAAGAGGAGCUUCUGCAAGGAAGUCCUGGUUCUGCAUGUGUCAGCAUUCCUUGAAAUUGUUGGUGCAGCAGUCUACACGUUACUAAUGUCUCGUCCCAUAGGAUCACUUCAAGUUAGUUCCUGCAGAGCAGAAAAUUUGUCGGACUGGUAUACUUUGCUCCACAAUCCCAAUCCGGAUUAUGCUGAAACAUUGCACUGCACUCAAGAGGCUGUGUAUCCUUUGUAUACAAUGGUAUUCAUAUUCUAUGCAAUGUCAGUGCUGUUGAUGUUAGUUUUUCGGCCCUGGCUAGCUCGCAGAUUCCUUCCCAAAGAUGGAAAAAUGUCUAUAUAUGCAGCACUCUACUUUUUCCCAACACUAGCUCUCAUACAUGCCAUAUUUGGAGGUCUGAUAUAUUACUCAUUUCCCUAUAUUGUUAUCAUUUUAUCCGUUAUUUCAAAUGCUGUGCACUUUGCUUUCAAAUUGGAUCAGUCGAUGCGGUACUUGGUUGUCAGCACUGUAACAGAAGUACGUAAUGGUGUGAUUCUGAUAGGUCAUUGGCUGCUUCAUGCAUAUGGAAUAAUUGCAAUAACUCAGCUCCAGGAUCCAGUUCUACACUCUUCUCUUGUAGCAUUGGUGCCUUUACCUGCAGUGUUCUACAUCCUGACUGCCAGGUUUACUGAUCCCAGCAAACUUCAUGUAGAUUGAUGUAUAGAGCAGCAGGUUACAUAAUGUGUUUUGCAUUAAUGUUCCUUGCAAAUACAUGAGAUGAAUUUUUGCAAACGUUAUUUGUCCUGAACUUAGUAUUUUUGUUACAAAAAAACUAACACUUUAUAGUGUAAGGGCUGCAGUAACACAUUGUGAAAAGGGUGUAGCCCUUUAUUAACAUUUAUUACCAUUUAUUGCUCUUGUAUACCAAAUGUGCAUAUGAUGUAUGAAUUUUGUGUUUUUUCUAUGUGAAAAUGGUAUUGAUCUGUGUUAGCCUAUACCUCAAAAAAAUCUCAUAAUACACACUGCUGCCUCGUAUUAAGAGUGUAAGAAUAUGUCCCAAAUUUCUUCCCUUGCCUGUUUGUAUUAUACAUGAAAUGUAACCUGUUGCUACAUUUCCCAGUUAACACGUAUGAAAAAGUUAUGCCAGAUAAAUAAAAAAUACUUCUGUAAGUAAUAUAAUAAAAUGUGUGGUUUUUAUAUAAU